AUGGCCUCGACACAGACCGCGCCCGUGGCGCUUCCCCGCGUAGCCAUUACGUUCUGCACGCAGUGUCGAUGGAUGCUGCGCGCAGCCUACUUUGCUCAAGAACUGCUGUCGACAUUCGGGAACCAGAUUGGCGAGGUCGCGCUACUACCGGCAACCGGAGGCUUGUUUACUGUCGAGCUGAAACAAAAGUGCUGA